AUGCACAGGCGAAGUGCACCUACGGCCUGGAGCGCGACCCCGGCAGCAGGACCAGAGACACCAGCGUCCGGGUGUCGUUCCCCAGUAACGACGCCACCACGAAAACCCACCGAUUGCCCCUGGACGACACUACCAAACCGGAGACGGCGGACAACUCAGGCUGUGUUGAAUUUGUGGUGGCGUCAUUUUUGGGUAACGCUGGUGUCUCUGGUCCUGCUGCCGAGGUCGCACAGUCACAGCAGUGCUCAAGCGACACCGCUGUACUCAGCUCAGCUUACCACCAGCGAACGUCUCGUGGGUGAAGUACGGCGGGGUAGUGCCAAUUGGAACCCCGGGUGCCACCAAGAUCGCCGAGGGAGGUGCCGCGCUCAAGGCUCCGGGAGCGACUGCAGAAAGCUCCCAAGGAGCAAAUGGCAUCCCGCAAGGGAUCGUGGACAAGGCGAGGAAGGUGGCGAUGGUAAGGCCGGAGAGGUACUGGGCGGCAUGUGGCAACAAGAGGUGCAAACCCGGCGGGGUGUGAAGGUCGUAAGUGAGGGUGUGGACAACGAGGUGGAGUCGGGCCAGGACAGCGUAUUCCGGCAGCGGUUCGUUAGGUGA